AUGGGUGAUGACGGUGAUGAUGACUAUGACGAUGGCUUUGGAGAUGAAAAUACCCAGGAGUCCCUUGGCCGCCUUGGCCCAUCGCCCAGCUGGCCAAGCCACAAGGAUUUCCACAGAGGAACCGAGAGCUGGGGUAAGUCAGAAGACGAGUAUGGCUUCGAAGAGGAGAUCUUGAAUACGAGCGACGAUCCAAGCCGCAAGAACUCGCGGGCCUCCAACACCGCAGCUGCGGCGGCGGCGGCGGUGAAGAGAGAUGACACAGGUGGUCGUGGCUCCAGAGGCUCGAGCCAAGACUUCAAGCCUGACGAUGAGGACGCGCCGAACGGUCCGGACGAUGCCUUCGAUGAACCGAACGAGGAUCAUCGAGAGCACGCCUUCCACAUGGACGACGAUGGCAGCAGGGCAUCCAGUAGGGAGUUCCAAGAACCAGACCUUCCUUGGGCCGAAGACCCACCGCCCAACGUGCAAUUUGGCGGUGAGGAAGCGCAACACGGUCCAACGGAGGCUGGUUUGAAGCAGCAUUCCUUCCACAUGGACGACGAUGGCAGCCGGGCAUCCAGUAGGGAGUUCCAAGAACCAGACCUUCCUUGGGCCGAAGACCCACCGCCCAACGUGCAAUUUGGCGGUGAGGAAGCGCAACACGGUCCAUCGGAGGCUGGUUUGAAGCAGCAUUCUUUCCACAUGGACGACGAUGGCAGCCGGGCAUCCAGUAGGGAGUUUCAGGAACCAAACCUUCCCUGGGCUGAAGACCCGCCACCCACCGUGCAAUUCGGCGGUGAGGAGGAUCCGUCGAGAGCUGAUUUGAACCAGCCUGACGAAGACGAGGAGGCCGAGUUUCCGAGCGGACCGCAGGAGAUUCAUAACAGAGAUCCCGAUGCGAACGCGGCGAACGCGGCCAAGGACGCCAACGACUCCGCUGACGAUCUGCAGCGCGCCGAAUCGCUGUACCUGCGCAUGUUGGCCUGGCGCGAGGGCGCUGAUCGGUCUCAGGCUGGGAACUAUGAGGUGGGCCAAACGCUCUUCAAGAAGAGCAGCACCUACAGGUCCGUAGAAAGUUCUACCUGGUUUCCGCAGAAGCCGGGUGACGCUCACAUGGCGAUGGAGGAGGAUGCCUGGCGUGCGGCCAUGGACAAGUUGGCAGCUGCCCACGAAUCUGCUGGCGAUGUGGAGCGGGCCGAAUCGUUGUACCUGCGCAUGUUGGCCUGGCGCGAGGGCGCUGAUCAGUUUCAGGCUGGGAACUAUGAGGUGGGCCAAACGCUCUUCAAGAAGAGCAGCACCUACAGGUCCGUCGAAGAUGCCACCUGGUUUUUGCACAACGUGAAGCCGGAUGACGCUCACAUGGGGAUGGAGGCCGUGGCAUUGUUGGCCCUUGGAGAAGAGAUCGCCGCGAAAGCCGCCAUCGCAGUGUGGACCUUGGCCUUGAGAGCCUCUCAAAGAGAGCAGCUCACCAAAGCGGGAGCCUUGGAACUCACGGCCAAGGCCAUUGCGUUUCAUAGCAACAACCCAGAGCUCCAAGCAGCGGGCGCUGGCGUGCUGCGACUGCUGUGCAGUGGCCACAGGUUAGCGCAGCGGAAUCGCCGGCGCGUCAUCUUCCUGGGGGGUGCCGAGUCCAUCCUGAACGCCAUCCAAACCUUCCCGGACGACUGCGAGGUCAUGCGAGAAGCAUGUGGAGCGUUGAGGGCCAUGGCACACAAGAAUCCUGUGGGCGCUCGGAGAAUCAUCGAAAACGACGGCUUCAAGUACUGUAUGGAGGCUUUGGAGUAUCCAGAUGAUUCAGUGAGCAGUCUGGCAUCCAAAGCCAUUGGGGCGCUCCAAUGUGCCGGAGAGGUGCUGUACAAGAAAGGGGCGUCCAGAGGGGAGGAUGACUCUGGCCAGAUGCAUGAGCCUGAUCAAGCUGGCAUCGACCGUGCCAUUGCCCACAUGGAGAUGCUCAUGACCAGCGAGGAGGCGGCGCAGGUGGUGGCCCCAGCCUCCACCUUUACUCUGCUGGGGAUGGCUUUAGAGGAGAAGCCCAGAUUAGGACGUGGCGCCGUGGCGUCCUACAAGAAGGCUUUGCAGUUGCUCAGGGGAAACGACUGGGAACGCUGCGUGUUGCUUCAACAGCUGGGCGCCGCCUCAUUGAGGGUCGGCCUAUUCGAGGAGGCUCUGGGCUGGCUGAAGGAGUGUAGUGCGCUCUGUCGAACAGCUGCAGGGCAUCCCAGAGACGUCAAGCUCUUCCAGGGCUCGUUUUCCACGCAACAAACGCGUUUGGAGUUCGCAACCAUGGUGGAGAAGUUCCUGUGCCAGACUUGCAUGAAACUCGGCGACAGCGCUGCGGCCCAGGCCCACGCGUCGGAGGCCCAGCGGCUGCAGCAGCAGCUCUCAGGUGACGCCGUGGAGAGGACGUCAGCGGGCGCAACGGAUGCGGGUGCGUCGGCCAGGAAUGAGUUGGAUCCCUACAAGCAGCUCUGGGCCGAGAGGCCCUCUGAAGAGGUGCGAUUGAAGCAGUAUCGCUUCGUGGACGAGGGCCCCACUGUCCUGGUCAUGCUGGAUUUGAAUGAUCACCUGCCGAUUGGACAUGAUGCCUCGGCAGCCGUUACUUCUCUGCGCCAGUUCCGUGUGACCUGUGAAGAGAAGGCGGUGGAGAUUCAGCUGCGCUUGCGCAGUCCGGAUGCGAAUGGCCGUGUGAUGCACUUCAUUUUGAGGCUGGAUCCCCUGAGUCGCGAGAUCAUUCCUGAGGACACAGUGCCACGGCUUCGCGGCAAGGAGGCGAAAAGGAGAUUGGAGGUGAAGCUCUUCAAACGUGAAAAAGACCAGAAGUGGUUUGGAGAUCUGGUGGCAGAGCUUCCGAAGCCUGAAAAGAACGAGAAGCACAGGAAGGGAGCUGCCCCAAAAGGCAGCUUGCUGAAUCCUCUGACGCCAGAGGAGAUUGCCAAGCUGCCCAAACCAGGAACCACCUCCAGCGACAACCGGCCCAGCUCCUUCGUUCCGGAGGGUCGCCCAGGGAGUCAGGAAAGACCUGAGAACGAGAGACCGGCGGAAUCCAAAGAGGUGAGGAACAGCACUAGCUGGGUUGAGCAGGUGAGUCAUGAGCGCUUGGAUGGGCAAGUGGUGCUGAGUAUCCAACUCAAGGAGUCGCUUUCAGAUGUGACCAUGGAUGACCUGGACCUGGCGGUGGAUGAUGUGUCACGGGCAAUGUCCCUGACCUUCGAAAAAUGUCCAGGGGAUGUUCUCCACUUGGCCCUGCCGGAGGCGGAGAGAGGGCUGGCCACCUGGAAAACUCCUGGAGAAAGUUGGCGAUCUGGAAGCUCGGUGGAGGAGAAAGCUGAAGACUUUGGAACUGAGAUUUCCACUUUUAUGAUUUGCACGGUGGCUGAGGUUCAUUUGGUUUGGUGCACUGUUGUGAGGUUGAGUGUGGAUUUUCGAGGCACCGACGCGCAAGCGGAGAACCUUCAGGCCCUUUGGGAGGGGCGUCUUCGAGAAGAAAGAGAGGCGGGCUUGAGAGCCUGUUGCGAGAAGCUCCGUGGUCCUUUGACCACUGGAGUUCUUGAGGCCAUCUUGGCGACCAUUUGCAUCUUCAUGGAAGAUCCGGUGCGAUAUAAGUUCCUCAACAUCGUGCAGCCCGUGGUGGUUUGCAUGCAGAUGUUUCCCGGCAACCCCCGGAUCCAGGUGCCCUCUUGCCAGAUCCUUCUGAGCCUAACUAGCAGUGGAAGCCUCGGCAAUGAACAUGAGGAAGCCAUCCAAAAGUUCGGCAAGUGCUGCGGCGUCAGUCCAUUGGUGCAGGCCAUGAAGGAAUUGCCAUGCAAUUUGCACUUGCAACGCUUGGCCAUGGGCGUGCUCGGGAACUUCUUGAGUGGCGGUGACAUGAACAAGACUGCGGCGGCCCGGGCUGCGGCAAUCCCCACGUUGAUUACUGCCAUGCAGCGUUUCAAGAAGGAAGCAGAUCUUCAAGAAGAGGCCAUCAAUUGCCUCACCAAACUUUGUGACACCUUGGGUCGCGCCUCCGUUGCAGCACGCUUAGGCCUCAUUGAUGCCGUCAUUGCAGCCAUCAAGAGUCAGAACUAUGGAGAGAUCGAAGGGAAGCUCACCGAGUUAAGCUGCAUCAUCCUCUGUAUGUUCUCGGACGAUCAGAAGCUGCGGCAGGAGAUGGUGAACGCAGGGGCCCUGAACGUCGCCAAACAGGUGAUUAGCAAGGCGCGCUCGCUGGACAUCCAGCGCUGGGGCUGUGAACUGCUGCGUAGCCUGUCCCAGCCCUACUGA